UAAAAAGUCUUAAAUAUGUCUUUGCCAAACAAAUACUGUUUGCGACAUGAAUACUUUUUCUGUUUCUAUGUAGGCAAAAGCACAGGACUGCUCAGCAAGCCACCAAAGCCACCAAAUAUGACUAAUGUUAAGUCAAGUGGACUAGUUAAGAAUGUCAAAAGAAAUCCAAAUCAGUUAGCAGGGAGAGAGUUCAACAUUUUUUGGCAUGAUCAUUUAUAUUUGUUACAGAGACACCCAGUGUCAGAAACCAGGACCAGACCUCUUUGGAUAAUACUCCAACUCUAGAUUCAUCAUAUAGUAAGUUUGCCUAAAUGGACUAAAAAAAGAAAUGUAUGGAUGAAUGACUCAAUUCAACAUGUUCUCUCACUUUGUCACAGCCCACCCCCAGAGGAGCCCCUCCCCCUCCAAUCAUUCUGAUGUUGGGGGUGAGUCCUGGCAGGAUAGCUCACCUUCAUCUCCAAGGAACCAGUCCAUAAGGAGCCCCUCUCCCUCAUCCAGGAGCCCCUCUCCCUCAUCCAGUCAUUCUGGGAACCACAGAGGAGGCUCCCAUUCUGGUGGUCCUCCUAGAGCCUCAAACAGCCAGUCCAUAAGGACCCCCUCUCCCUCAUCCAGUCAUUCCGGGAACCACAGAGGAGGCUCUCGUCCUGGUGGUUCUUCUCGAGCCUCAAACGGCCAGUCCAUAAGGACCCCCUCUCUCUCAUCCAGUCAUUCCAGGAACCACAGAGGAGGCUCCCAUUCUGGUGGUUCUUCUCGAAGUUCAAACGGUAAGUUGACCUAAAUGAAUUGAAGGAAAGAAUGCCGUUUGAACCUUAUUGUCUAGCACAGUGGCACAGUGGUUCUCAAAGUGCGGUCCAGGGACCACUGGUUGCUUAAGAUGUUGUUCU